AUGCGGAUACCAUUUUCCAAAUACCACGGCCUUGGCAAUGACUUCGUUAUCAUAGACAACACCCGAGGGUCAGUCUCCCUGUCCCUCACCCAGCGGCGUCUCAUGUGUAGCCGGCGGUACGGGGUGGGGGCGGACGGACUGAUCAUGGUGGAAUCCAGCAAGGAGCACUCCUUUGCCCUCACCUUUUACGACAAUGAUGGUACAGCUGGUGCUCUGUGUGGGAACGGAUGUCGCUGUACCUUGGCGUUUGCCCAGAGUCUUGGACUAGUGGAAGAUAAGACGUUUACGUUUGAAGCCUACGACGGAGUCCAUACCGGUCGGGUCGUCUCGAAACGCAAGUGUGUCCUCGGAUUUAAGGAUCGACGGUUUGAGGACAUAAAGAAACUGGAUAACGACAACUUCUUUGUUGAUACGGGGGCUCCUCAUCACGUCCGCUACGUUGAUUCUAUAACCGGAUAUGACGUCGUUGGCGAAGGGAGACAACUUCGAUAUGGCAAAUAUGAAGGCAUAGGGGGAGCUAAUGUCACGUUUGUGGAUAAAAGCACAGAUGGUAAGAUGGUGUGUAGAAUGUAUGAUCGGCGGAUAGACGAGGAGGUUCCAUCGUGUGGCACAGUUUCCGUAGCUAUUGCGUUAAUUGCGCAGUUACAUCGCGUUACCCCUCAAGGUCACGUCGACAACAUAGGUCAAAGGUUGUAUGAAACCUACAUGGAAGGCGGGCCUCUGACGGUGACUUUUGAUGUCGAUGAAGACAUCUUCACUAACAUUGAACUGACAGGAGACGUGGAACACGUCUUUGAUGGGACUUACUAUUUCUGA